GCUGGAGUGGCUGAGGACCGAUGCCGCCACCGCCUUCCCACCCACGGCAUUAGUCUGCUCGGAGGAUCCCUCCCAAGAGGUGGCGCUCCGAGAGCUGGAGACCGAGGACUUCUUCGACGACAUCCCGUCAGCAGAUCCUGAUGAAAUCUGGAGAUCUGCCAAGUGUGAGAUCUUCGGCUGGGGUUCCUCCUAG